GGAGGCCGGAGCGGUAGAGAGCGGAGCUGUGAGGUUGCGGAGAGCGCCGUGGGUUUCGCGGCGUGGGACAUUUAGCCUUGCUUCCUUCCCUGAACUCAGCAUGGAGGAGAAGUCAGAAAACUAUAAGGUUCCAGAAGAUCUGUUCAAUGGUUUGAAAGUUACAGACUCUCAGGGAGCAGUGUCUGCUAGCCCCCAGGUUCCUGAUCCCAAGGAUCAGAGCAAGCCACUAAAGGAUGCUGAAACGCAUCCCCAGGAGGACCAUGGGGAAGAGGAGUGUUUUCAUGACUGUAGCGCCUCAUUUGAGGAGGAGCAAUCAGGGGCGCACAUGUUGGGGAACAAAGCCAGUGAUGACUCAAGUUCUGAACUGGAUGAAGAAUACCUAAUUGAACUGGAAAAAAACAUGCCAGAAGAAGAGAAACAGAAAAGAAGAGAAGAGAGCGCUAAACUAAAGGAGGAGGGGAAUGAACAGUUUAAGAGAGGAGAUUACGUAGAAGCUGAGAGUUCUUACAGUCAAGCCCUUCAGAUGUGCCCAUCCUGUUUCCAGAAAGAUCGAUCUGUUCUGUUUUCAAAUAGAGCUGCUGCAAGAAUGAAACAGGACAAGAAGGAGAUGGCCAUCAGUGACUGCAGCAAAGCAAUUCAGUUAAACCCUGGCUAUAUCCGUGCAAUACUGAGGAGAGCAGAGUUGUAUGAGAAAACGGACAAACUAGAUGAAGCACUGGAAGAUUAUAAAUCGGUAUUAGAAAAAGAUCCAUCAGUCCAUCAAGCAAGAGAAGCUUGUAUGAGAUUACCUAGGCAAAUUGAAGAACGUAAUGAAAAAUUAAAAAAAGAGAUGUUAGGUAAACUAAAAGAUCUCGGCAACUUGGUUCUGCGACCUUUUGGGCUCUCCACAGAAAAUUUCCAGAUCAAGCAGGAUUCUUCUACAGGCUCCUACUCCAUCAAUUUUGUUCAAAAUCCAAAUAAUAAUAGAUAACAGAAAUAACAGUAGUCUUAAAGGCUGACUGGGAGGCCAUGUACUGUUCUCAAGGAGCAAGGCCCUGCAGGUGUUUGAUAGUUAAAGGUAUCUUAUCUAGGAAAGGCUGUGUAGUAGAGCCCCAGCCGCCUUCUUGCUCUUGUUUUAUGAUCAGGGUGGAAUGUGCCUCCUGAUGUAAUCAGCCUCAUUAAUUUCCAUUUUAAGGUGGUGUCUGUGCAGCUGUUGUCCCUGGUUCUGGCUGUUUUUUGUCUGGCAGGGAAACCUGCUUGUCAAGGCUGAACUCUUAGAGCCACACAAAUGUGCUAUCCACCAAAAGCCUUCCCCCUAACCAUGCAAGCCUAUCAGUUGGGUGAUGACCAUACGUGCUGGACAGGGUCCCCUCCUGCUGCCCCUCCCUGCUCAUACUCAUUCAGAGGCUUGCAGUACAGGGACUUCAGCGUUCUUGAGUUCCUCCAUGUUAAUAAAAGCUUUCUGUGAC